CCUUCCAAUGUUCCUGAUUUCAAACAUGGAAGUGAGACAAUCCACUCCCACCUCCAAAAUCUAGUGUGUUAUCAAACAGGCCCUUGUAGUCUACGGUCGUAUGAUGACUCAUAGAAACGUGUUAUGGAAGGAAAGACGACUCAAGUUCCUGGGGUCUUCUCUUUUCACAGAUAUUGUCUUUGCCCGCCAAAAAAUCCACGGGCUCGCAUCAAAUUCGAUACUACCUGGUGUAGCUUUUUACCGCUUUCUUUUUGCCCAAAAUAAAAACCAACUUUUAGUUUGGCAUUGCACGUUCAUGAUCAGGUGGGAGAGAUGACAGGAGUUUGUAUUGACCGGAGAUGCGGCUUCUGCAAAUCGAAUGGAGUGUUCUACAGCAAGAGGAAAUCCAUCCCCCUCCCUUCUGAUGAGUUCUUGGAUGCCUUCACCUUCAUUUCGUCACAGCCUCACAAGGGCAACAUAGCCUUCAUCGAAGCUGCCACCGGCCGCACCCUCGCCUACAUCGACCUCUGGCGAUCCGUGAAUUCAGUUGCCGCCGGCCUCUCUGAGCUCGGUGUCCGACAAGGUGAUGUUAUCCUCCUGCUCUCACCAAACUCCAUCCAAUUUCCCAUAAUAUGCUUGGCUGUCAUGUCCAUCGGUGCUAUCAUCACCACCACCAACCCCCUCAACACCCCCGGCGAAAUCCACAAACAAGCUGCCGACUCCAAUGCCACCCUCGCUUUUACGAUCCCUGCGCUCAUCCCCAAACUCAGCCUCACCAACCUCCCAAUUGUACUAAUCGGAAGCGACACUGAGCCUCGCUCCUGCAUCACUACAUUAGACCGUUUGAUGCGGACCAACCCAGAGAGGCGACCAUUGGUACGCAUCAAGCAGGACGACACGGCCACCCUGCUCUUCUCUUCGGGCACCACCGGUGUGAGCAAGGGUGUGGCCUCGUCCCACCGCAAUGUAAUAGCCAUGGUCUCGGUGUUGCAAAAGAGGUACUCACCAGGGGAGCGUCUCACCUUUCUGUGCACCGUACCCAUGUUCCACAUCUACGGCCUCUGCUGCUUUGCCACCGGCCUUUUAGCAGCAGGCACCACCACUGUGGUCAUCUCAAAAUUCGAACUAAGUGAGAUGUUACAGGCGGUUGAGACAUACAGAGUGACUCAUUUGCCAAUCGUGCCCCCCAUACUCGUAGCUUUGGGUGGAAGCGAAGUGUCACAAAGGUUUAAUUUGGGAUCACUGAAGAAUGUUGUGUGCGGUGGGGCGCCGGUGAGUAGGGAGGUGACGGAGGCAUUUCUGAGAAGGUUCCCGGGAGUGGUGCUCACGCAGGGGUAUGGGAUGACCGAGACUGCAGGCAUUGGGGCGUCGACCGAGACACCGGAGGAGGGAAAGCGAUACGGUUCUGCUGGGCUAUUGAUUCCAGACAUGGAGGCCAAGAUUGUGGACCCAGAAACCGGUGAGUCGAUGCCGCCUAAUCGUCGAGGGGAGCUAUGGCUCAGAGGGCCUUCUGUCAUGAAAGGUUAUUUCAGUAAUGCAGAGGCGACUGCUGGGACCUUGAAUUCCGAGGGAUGGCUGAGAACAGGGGAUUUAUGCUACUUUGAUGAGGAUGGUUUCCUUUUUGUGGUGGAUAGGUUGAAGGAGCUCAUCAAAUACAAAGGUUAUCAGGUUGCACCUGCAGAGCUCGAGGCUCUGCUUCUUACCCAUCCAAAUGUAGAAGAUGCUGCAGUCGUGCCGUUUCCUGACAAAGAAGCUGGACAAAUUCCUGUCGCCUUUGUGGUCAAAAAGGUUGAGUCUCACUUAUCAAAUGCCACCCUUCUUAGUUUUGUGGCGGAUCGGGUGGCGCCAUACAAGAAGAUCCGAAGAGUCAUGUUCGUGAGAAGCAUCCCUAAGACAUCUUCGGGGAAGAUACUUAGGAAGGAUCUCAUCAACCUCGCCAUUGCCUUAUCUUCCAAUUCCAAGCUCUAAACCAUACAAAUUAUCGUUGUCUUCCAGUCACAAGCUCUAAAUUGGAUGAGGUUUGUAUAAAGUGUACACUUCAUAUUUUACAAGUAAACUGCAACUCUAAAUAUUACCAGAAUAUGUAGUUCUGAUAUCAGAAAUCUUGUGAUGUUGAAAAUCCAUAUUCAACUCGAAUUAUGAAAUUUAAAGUUAAAAAAAGUGGAUCUUGAGGUCGA